AUGGCAAACGAAUUCGCAUUUGACUACUUAUCGAUCACUCAACAACAUAUUGGCAAUUUAAAUGAAAUCUCCAAAACUUUACCUAUUUCACAUAUGAGUCUUAUUCAAGAAUUAUCAGCUGUGUUAGUUCCAUACACUUCUGGAAAAUUUCAAUUACUUUCUGAUCUUCUGAAAAAAAAAUUAAAUAUCGACAUUAAUGCUGAAAAAUUACAAUUUAUUAUAUCGCUUAUUAGAUCUGAUGUAUUACCAAGUUUUUCAACAGGUCUAAGUGCUAAGGAAUUAAUUGUCGAACAUUCACUUUUAAAUAAAUUACCAUUUUUCACGCCUUAUCAACUUAUUCCAUUUACAGAUAUAUGUCCAAUUUGUAACAAGAAACUUGAUCGUAAUUUAGCUGCAGAACAACUUGUUGUCCAAACACCUGAGUUCAACUCAAUGAAUGUUGGCUGUCGAAAUUCUCCACAAUAUCGUGAUAUUUACUGUGAAGAACAUCAAGAUAUGGAAGAAGAAGUGGAAAAUAACUCAUGUACAACAUUUUACUCAAGUGAAUCGUUCCAUGAACAAUAUAAUCAAUUAAGAAAUGGGAAAAAAAUGUACUAUGAUUCACUUUCAUGUAAAACAAGAAAAAGUAAACCAGGUGCUUACAUUUCGAAAACAUUUCGAACAUUAGGUGUAGUUACGUGGACUCUUAAUUGUAAUAUAAUUGUUUCGUCAACCGAACUUGUUAGAAGUGAAAGUAUAAAAGAGAUAAUUAAUGGUCUUUGCCAAUUAGUUCGAUUUAGCCAAACAGGUGUAGACGAAAAUAAUGCAGCUAUUUGCUUUGUUCCUCGUAAUAUUGUUUAUGAUGACGGUUGUCAUCUUUUAAAAGCAAUCAUUGAUCAUUAUGGAACAAAUAUUCAUCGAAAUCCUGCUACAACUUUCCUUUUUAACAAUUGCAAAUUUUCCAUUGAUCGUUUGCACUAUCCCAAUCAUAGAAGUGCAUGGUGCAAAGAGAAUUUAAAUCCUGAUCGUAAUCCAGAUCUUACUGGAAUCAAUACCGGUGCAUGUGAACAAACAUUUUCUUGGUUCAACAAGUUUGCUAAAUCUUUCUCAUGUAUGCGCUCUGAACGUUGUCAAUUAAUUAUUCAUCUGAUGUUUCAUUAUUGGAAUUGUCGUCAUGUUGGUCUUAAUCCUUAUCAUAAGGAUAUUGGACGUCGUUUACUUCCAACAUCAACGGAACCAUCUUCGAUUUUAUUAAAUGAAAAUGAAUCAUCCAUCUACAAUCAGCCAGACAAAGACAAUGGAUUGGAAGAUCAUGCCUGUCAAAUCGAGGAUAUAGAAAAUACAACUGAAGAAAAACAUGAUGAAGAAUUGUUCACACAAACAGGAACUCAAAAUACCUACUACAGUGAAUCUGAUGAUAGCGAUGCUCAUCAAGAACAAUUAUAUGAAUUAGAAGACGUUGAAGACGAUAGUGAUUCGAACUCUUCUGCUCCAAUUUUGGCGUCACAAACAAUUAUACCAAAUCAAUCACCUCUAUAUUCAGAUGAUUCAAGAACAUCUACCAAUUCACAUUUACCUAGUGACAAUAUAUCCAAGCGUUUAUCAACAACUCAACAGGUUUUGUGGGAGAAGCUUCGAAAUAUUACAUGUAUUGAUGAAUUUGAAAAACAGCUUCAAAGUGAAGACGAAGAAGACGACAAUAGUAUUGAUCGACGAUCUACGCGAAUCUUCAACGGACUCUUGUUUCAUUAA